UUAACAACUUUUGCCCUCAGUGAACACAGCCACACGUAAUGACUGGAUCGACUCUCAACUGACAUCAUCUCAUGUCACCCUACUAGCCCCUUCGAAUAUUCUCACGCUUGACCCCGCACACCUGCAGCACAGGUCGGGUAAAGGUUCAUUUAGAAGAUUACAGGUGCUUCACUCAGACACUUGUGCGUGAGUGGCGGACAGCUUCAAGAUGGAUUUUGAAUUCUCCUUGGCGAAGAGCAAUGCGGGAAACAAAACGAAAACGUCGGCCAUUGCUAAUGCUGCUGAUAUAUCUGUCAUUGUGAUAUAUUUUGUGGUGGUCUUGGCUGUUGGAAUAUGGGCCAUGAUUCGCACCAACCGCUCCACUGUGGGUGGCUUCUUCCUGGCAGGCAGAAGUAUGAUUUGGUGGCCGAUCGGAGCAUCUCUUUUUGCCAGUAACAUCGGAAGCGGGCACUUUGUGGGAAUUGCCGGGACGGGGGCGGCCACCGGAAUAGCCAUUGGUGGAUUUGAAUGGAAUGCUCUCAUUAUCGUGGUUUUGCUGGGUUGGCUUUUUGUGCCUAUCUACAUUAAAGCUGGGGUGGUCACCAUGCCCGAGUACCUGAAGAAGAGGUUUGGCGGGCAGCGCAUUCGUAUCUACCUCUCUGUGCUCUCCCUCUUUCUGUACAUUUUCACCAAAAUCUCAGCGGACAUGUUUUCCGGCGCCAUUUUCAUCAACCAGGCACUGGGCAUAAAUAUCUAUUUGGCCGUCGUGAUGUUGCUACUGAUUACGGCGUUGUAUACCGUCACAGGUGGCUUGGCGGCAGUGAUCUACACAGACACCUUACAGACCAUCAUUAUGAUAGUCGGAUCAUUUGUUCUUAUGGGCUUUGCCUUCCAUAAAGUGGGCGGCUAUUCAAACAUAGAGGAACGCUACAUGAACGCCAUUCCCUCCAUUACGGGGAACUUCAGUGAGAAAUGCUACAAGCCUCGAGAUGACGCUUUCCACCUUUUUAGGGACCCCAUCACAGGAGACUUGCCAUGGCCCGGCCUGGUUUUUGGACUCUCUAUCCAAGCCUUGUGGUACUGGUGCACGGAUCAGGUGAUCGUGCAGCGUUGCCUUUCCGCUAAGAAUUUAUCCCACGUUAAAGCCGGUUGCAUCUUAUGUGGCUAUUUGAAGCUCUUGCCCAUGUUCCUGAUGGUCUUCCCCGGAAUGAUCAGCAGGAUCCUCUACACUGAGGAGGUCGCCUGCGUGGACCCGGAUGAAUGUCUAAAACACUGCGGCACCAAAGUGGGCUGCAGCAACAUUGCUUAUCCCAAAUUGGUGUUGGAUCUGAUGCCCGACGGUCUGCGUGGUCUUAUGCUGUCGGUCAUGAUGGCCUCUCUUAUGAGUUCCCUGACCUCCAUCUUCAACAGCGCCAGUACCCUCUUCACCAUGGACGUCUACACCAAGAUCCGUAGCGACGCCACCGAGAGGGAGCUCAUGAUCGCCGGCAGGGUUUUUAUCGUGGGGCUGAUUGGCGUGAGCAUCGCGUGGAUCCCCGUGGUGCAGUCGGCCCAGAGCGGUCAUCUCUUUGACUACAUCCAGGCCAUCACAAGCUAUCUGGCGCCGCCCGUGUCUGCCGUUUUUAUACUGGCUAUUUUCUGCAAGCGAGUCAAUGAGUCUGGUGCCUUUUACGGGCUCUUCAUCGGCCUCCUGAUCGGCCUUUCCAGGAUGAUUACCGAGUUUGCUUACGGCACGGGCAGCUGCGUGGAGCCCAGUAAAUGUCCCACUAUCAUAUGUGGUGUUCACUACCUCUACUUCAGCAUCAUCCUUUUUGCGAUCUCCUGCGUAGUCAUUAUCGGCGUCUCUCUCGUGACCGAACCCAUCCCCGACAAACACUUAUAUCGACUAUGUUGGAGCCUGAGGAACAGUAAUGAAGAGAGGAUUGACAUGGAGAAAGACGACUGGAAAGAAAAUGUCAACAACAGUACGGUAAUAGAAGAACCAAAGGAAGAACCAGGCUUCUGCAAGAAGGCGCUAGAGGCUUUCUGCGGCCUGGAUCAGAAAAAAGCUCCAACGCUGAGUGAGGAGGAGCAGGCCGAGUUGCAGAAGAAGCUCACAGACACAUCUGAAAUACCACUAUGGAGGAAUAUUGUCAACAUCAACGCAGUCAUCCUCCUUGGUGUGGCUGUUUUCUUUCAUGGAUUUUAUGGAUAA